GCGAGUGGGCGGGGCCGGCUGUUGGCGGCGGUUGGCUCGGCCCGGGAGGCGGCUGCACGUGCGGGCGGGGGCGAUGCGUCACUGAUAGAAGGAACAAGGAUGAAUAUGACUCAAGCCCGGGUUCUGGUGACUGCAGUGGUGGGGCUGGUGGUUGUCCUGCUCUACGCCUCCAUCCACAAGAUCGAGGAAGGGCACCUGGCUGUGUACUACAGAGGCGGAGCUUUACUAACUAGCCCCAGUGGACCAGGCUAUCAUAUCAUGUUGCCUUUCAUUACUACAUUCAGAUCUGUACAGACAACACUACAAACUGAUGAAGUUAAAAAUGUGCCUUGUGGAACAAGCGGUGGAGUCAUGAUCUAUAUUGACCGAAUAGAAGUAGUUAAUAUGUUGGCACCUUAUGCAGUGUUUGAUAUCGUGAGGAACUACACUGCAGAUUAUGACAAGACCUUAAUCUUCAAUAAAAUCCACCAUGAGCUGAACCAGUUUUGUAGUGCCCAUACACUUCAAGAAGUUUACAUAGAAUUGUUUGAUCAAAUAGAUGAAAACUUGAAACAGGCUCUGCAGAAAGACCUAAACAUCAUGGCUCCAGGUCUCACUAUACAGGCUGUGCGUGUCACAAAACCCAAAAUCCCAGAAGCCAUAAGAAGAAAUUUUGAGUUGAUGGAGGCUGAGAAGACAAAACUUCUUAUAGCUGCACAGAAACAAAAGGUUGUGGAGAAAGAAGCUGAGACGGAGAGGAAAAAAGCUGUUAUAGAAGCAGAGAAGAUUGCACAGGUGGCAAAAAUCCGGUUUCAGCAGAAGGUGAUGGAGAAAGAAACUGAAAAGCGCAUUUCUGAGAUCGAAGAUGCUGCGUUCCUGGCCCGAGAAAAGGCAAAAGCAGACGCUGAGUAUUAUGCUGCACACAAAUACGCCACCUCAAACAAGCACAAAUUGACCCCGGAAUAUUUGGAGCUCAAAAAGUACCAGGCUAUUGCUUCUAACAUCAAGUUGGUGGCCUGCAGGGACCUGUGUUUUGCCUUCCAACCAGAGAUUCCUAAUCACUACUUUAUUGCAUUAGUUGGCUCAGAGAUAAAGAAGGCUUGGUUUGAAGUUUUGGGUGAGAUGAAACCUUUGUUCUGAACCAAAGUUCUGGGCCCUGCAUUCCACUGGGUGAUGACUAUCAGCAUCACUGCCCCAGGCUAUGUGUAACUAAGGUGCCUGGUUUUAAGCCACAGCCAACUCUUUAUAUGUUACUACUGUUUAGCUGUGGCUGGCUAAGAGCAGGAUAGGCUUUGAUCAGAAAUAGGAGCAGCAUACAAUUCCUGGCCAUUCACUGCACAGUAUUGUAUCAUAUUUGCAGGAAGUUUUUAAUUUUAGAACUGGAUUUGGGGUACAUUCAUUUAUCCCAGCACUUCAUUCUAAAGGCUAAAUCCUAGGGCAGCCAUGAUACUAGCACACUGACUCUCCUUUGUACUGUUCAUCAGGAGUCCUAUAUAGUGUGGAACAAAGAGUAACCUAGAAAGCAGCCUUUGGCAUCUUUGUCUCCUCUCCCAGCCCCAGGAUGCUUAAAUCAAAGUUGUUUCUCCAACUUUUCACCUUACUAGGAGAUCGUGACUGCUGACCUGGGCAGCCAGUGAAUUUAAUUUUCCAUGAGAGGAUGACAGAAUUAACCUGUGACUCUAGGAGACCGACUUCAUCUGGACCUUUUUAUCCUUCAGAAUAACUUUCCUGGAACAGUGUGCUUCAUAGUUAGGCCUGAAUUUAUGAACUUGUUAAAAUAUCCCUUUUGUAUUCUCUAUUGGAGCUAGACAAAAAAGUCACGGGACCACUUCCAGAAACCUUUCAGCUGUUAGUCCUGUCCGUCUCAUGACAGCUUGUGGGUUGUGCCAAACACUUCAUUGGGAAAGGAAAGCCCAGAUUUGAAUGGGUCUUUUCCCUGGGCCUUAUACUAUAGAGGUGUAAUAUGGUGAUUUUUUGUUGUUGUUGUUUUUGCUCAUUUAAUUCUACAAGUUCUCUUUAUGAAUGAA